CGGCCGUGGCCCUGCCUUCCCACCGCGUGUGCAGCCGGAGGCUCCGUGACUCCACCUCGGAGCGGGCUGGCUCCUCGCACACCGAGACCAUGGGAGGGACGGCUCGGCGCGGCCCGGAGCACUGCCGCUUUCUGGACGGAGAAGCAGCCGAGCCGCGCAAGAGGAGCUGCCCCAGGUACCAGCUCUGCGGACUGCUCUUCAGCCUGCUGCUCCUUUCCCUCAUUCUGAUAUUUUUUGGUGUCAAAUACCUCUGGAACCCAGCACCCAGAAAAGUUUAUGACAUGGAGCACACGUUCUUCAGCAACGGUGAGAAGAAGAAGAUUGUGAUGGAGAUUGACCCACUGGCCAGGACAGAGACCUUCAGCAGCGGGAACGGCAGUGAGGAGAUCCUGGAGAUCCAUGACUUCAAAAACGGAAUAACCGGCAUCUUCUUCGUGGGACUUCAAAAGUGUUUCAUCAAAACUCAGACUAAAGUCCUGCCUGAGACGACAGAGGCCAAGAUCCCUGAGCUUGAGGGACAAGAAAUCACCACCACCUACUUUGAGCAAUCUGUGGUCUGGGUGCCUGGGGAAAAGCCCAUUCAGAACAAGGAAUUCCUGAAGAGCUCCAAAAUUUUUGACAUCUGCAAAAAUGUGACCAUCUUCUGGAUCCACCCCACGCCAAUAGCAGCUCCUGAGCUGGCCAACCUUGAAGGGGCAGAAGAAGAAGAGCCUGAGGUGCUGGCAGACAGCCAGAGCUGGUUGGAGGGGGGGAGCCAACACGAGCUGGAGGAGGGCACGCAGGCAGGGCCCAAGCGUCGGGCACGGCAGCUCACCGAGGAGGACCUGCCCGUCAACGACUACUCGGAGAACGGGCUGGAGUUCCACCCUCUGUGGGACGAGCGAGGCUACUGCUGCGCCCAGUGCCGCCGUGCCAACCGCUACUGCCGGCGGGUCUGCGAGCCGCUGCUGGGCUACCACCCCUACCCGUACUGCUACCAGGGCGGCAGGGUCAUCUGCCGCAUCAUCAUGCCCUGCAACUGGUGGAUCGCGCGGAUGCUGGGCAGGGUGUAGCCCGGCCGUGCCCGCUGCCAGCCCGCAGCGGGCUGGUGACACGGGGACAGCGGUGCUGCCCUGCCCGGCGAGCCUGCGCCCCGCCGGCCGCGGCACCAGCAGCGAGAGCCGGACAAUAAACGUCUUGUAUGAGCGAUUGCAAA